UUCAGAGUGCAGAAUGCGUCCUGUUGACGGUAUAACUGUGAACUAAGAAAAGCACGGAAACUGCUGCUCUUGCGUGUAAAGUCGCCCGAGAACGUUGAGGAACGGGAACCAGCAAAGCCCCAACAGCAUCUAGCAUUUAUUUAUUGAUAGAAUACCCAGGUGGACAACCAUGGCAUCAGGAGGGGAAUCCAAAAGUGAUGAUCUAGCCACUGCAAUUCUGAAACAGAAGAACAGACCCAACAGACUGGUUGUUGAUGAAUCCAUCAAUGAAGACAACAGUGUGGUCUCUCUGUCACAGACCAAGAUGGAUGAGCUGCAGCUCUUCCGUGGCGACACAGUUCUGAUGAAGGGAAAGAAAAGGCGAGAAACUGUGUGCAUUGUACUGUCAGAUGAUACCUGCUCAGAUGAAAAGGUCCGGAUGAACAGAGUUGUCCGUAAUAAUCUGAGGGUCCGUCUUGGUGAUGUCAUUAGUAUUCAGCCAUGCCCUGAUGUGAAAUAUGGAAAGAGGAUUCAUGUCCUCCCUAUAGAUGACACAGUUGAAGGAAUUACUGGUAACCUGUUUGAAGUUUACCUCAAGCCAUACUUUUUGGAGGCUUACAGACCAAUACGCAAAGGCGAUAUCUUCCUGGUCAGAGGUGGCAUGCGUGCUGUGGAGUUCAAAGUUGUAGAGACUGAUCCCUCUCCAUACUGCAUUGUUGCUCCCGAUACAGUCAUCCAUUGUGAGGGAGAUCCAAUCAGGAGAGAGGAUGAAGAGGAAUCACUGAAUGAGGUUGGCUAUGAUGACAUUGGAGGUGUGAGGAAGCAGUUGGCUCAGAUCAAAGAGAUGGUGGAGCUGCCUCUUAGACACCCUGCACUGUUCAAGGCCAUAGGAGUCAAGCCCCCUCGUGGAAUUUUGCUGUAUGGACCCCCUGGAACAGGAAAGACCCUGAUUGCAAGAGCUGUGGCCAAUGAAACUGGAGCUUUCUUCUUCCUAAUUAAUGGCCCUGAAAUCAUGAGUAAACUGGCAGGAGAGAGUGAGAGUAACCUGAGAAAGGCUUUUGAGGAAGCAGAGAAGAAUGCUCCUGCCAUUAUCUUCAUCGAUGAGCUGGAUGCCAUUGCUCCAAAGCGAGAGAAGACUCAUGGAGAGGUGGAGAGGCGUAUUGUGUCUCAGCUGCUGACUCUUAUGGAUGGCCUGAAACAAAGAGCUCAUGUCAUUGUAAUGGCUGCCACCAACAGACCCAACAGCAUUGACCCAGCUCUCAGGAGAUUUGGUCGUUUUGACAGAGAGGUUGACAUCGGCAUCCCUGACGCCACUGGCAGGUUGGAGAUUCUGCAGAUUCACACUAAAAACAUGAAGCUUGCUGACGAUGUUGACUUGGAACAGGUAGCCAAUGAGACUCAUGGACAUGUAGGUGCAGAUCUGGCUGCUCUCUGCUCUGAGGCUGCCCUGCAGGCCAUCAGGAAGAAAAUGGACCUCAUUGACCUUGAAGAUGAGACCAUUGAUGCAGAGGUCAUGAACUCCCUUGCUGUCACCAUGGAUGACUUUAAGUGGGCCCUAAGUCAAAGCAACCCAUCAGCACUGAGGGAGACAGUGGUCGAGGUUCCCAACAUCACCUGGGAUGACAUUGGUGGACUGGAAGAUGUCAAGAGGGAACUGCAGGAGUUGGUGCAGUACCCAGUGGAGCACCCAGACAAGUUCCUCAAGUUUGGUAUGACACCAUCCAAGGGUGUCCUUUUCUACGGUCCCCCUGGUUGUGGUAAAACUCUAUUGGCCAAGGCCAUUGCCAAUGAGUGCCAGGCAAACUUUAUCUCCAUUAAGGGACCUGAGCUGCUCACCAUGUGGUUUGGAGAGUCUGAGGCCAAUGUCAGAGAGAUCUUUGACAAGGCUCGACAAGCAGCUCCCUGUGUCCUGUUCUUUGAUGAGCUGGACUCCAUAGCCAAGGCCCGUGGUGGCAACGUGGGAGAUGGUGGAGGAGCAGCUGACCGUGUCAUCAACCAGAUCCUGACUGAGAUGGACGGUAUGUCCAGCAAGAAGAAUGUUUUCAUCAUCGGAGCAACAAACAGGCCAGACAUCAUUGACCCUGCCAUCCUGAGGCCUGGACGUCUGGAUCAGCUCAUCUACAUCCCUCUGCCUGACGAGAAGAGCAGGAUCAGUAUUCUGAAGGCUAACCUGCGCAAGAGUCCCAUCAGCAAGGAUGUCGACUUGGACUUCCUGGCCAAGAUGACCAAUGGCUUCUCAGGCGCUGAUCUUACCGAGAUCUGCCAGCGAGCAUGUAAGCUGGCCAUCAGAGAGAGCAUUGAGAAUGAAAUCCGCAAGGAAAAGGAGAGGCAGACCAACCCGUCAGCAAUGGAGGUGGAGGAGGAUGACCCUGUUCCAGAGAUCAGGAAGGAUCACUUUGAAGAGGCAAUGCGAUUUGCUCGACGCUCAGUCAGUGAUAAUGACAUUCGUAAAUAUGAGAUGUUCGCUCAAACGCUGCAGCAGAGCCGAGGCUUCGGCAGCUUCAGGUUCCCCUCCAGUGCCACAGGUGGCAGUGGUCCCACCCAUGGCUCAGGAGCAAGCGGCAGCGGCCCAGUGUACAAUGAAGACAACGAUGAUGACCUUUAUGGAUAAGUGUACACUGUUCAACAGUGGUGGGGAUCACACCUGUACAAAUUCUCAUCCGAUUCCACAUUUUUAGGACUUUGUGCUUCAAUCAUGUGUUCCUUUUUUGUAAGAGUUCUCUAAAAGAAAGCAUGUAGCCAUUUGGUUUUGCCCUGGCUUUGAUGUAGGAGAGGGCAUAGGGAUGCUGAAAAUUCUGGGGGGAAAAAAAGUUUUCCCGUUUGGGUUGGGAGGGAGAGGGAUCUUACACUGUUCCAAGUUAUUUUGCCAGUGAUGUAGAGGUAGGACUUCAGUUAAAUAAAUGAAUAAAUAAACAUUGAGUUUUUAAAUGAAAUUAUUUGCUUGUGUUGUUACUGUCUCUUAUAAUUGAGGUAAUUGACAGACAAGUUUUUGUUUACCUGGUGUUAAGAGAUUUUUUUUUUUUAAGAAGGCAUUAGGUUCUUGGGGAUGUUUGAGAGAUUGGAUAUUAAAAGAUACAGAGAGCAAAUGUGUAUUUAAAGCUGGUGAUUGCAGAGGCUUUAGAUAUAUUCGGAAGUGUGUUAAAUAAGUAAUCACGUCAUUCUGUACCCUGACACAAAAAAAAAAAACAUUGCCUUUUAAAUAAAAUUCAUGAGAGAACGCACAAUCCUACGGAGCCCUUAAAGGGACAUGGGGGGGGUGGAGAAACGUAUCUCGUGCUCAUGAGAUACUUUCUCCAGUGUCUAACUGAGGUACCCUACGUUAAUUAAUUGCUCACCAUAUAUACAGUACAUACUGUAUGUCACGCAUAACAUGCUGGUAUCUUAGAUUUCCCAACUGUAGGUACUGUACAUGAUAGUUUAUUUUAAUGUAUUACCCUGUAUGUAUGUGUGGCAAAAUGUCUUAGAUAUACUUUCUUGUGCGCAUGAGAUACGUUUCUCUUUUUUUUUUGUUUUUCUUUCCCCAUAUCCUUUUAGGGGCUACGUACAAUCCUAUGCAGAAAACGUGUGCACAAUAAUUUGGAAUGCAGUGUAUUAAAGUCUUAGUUUCUCUCAACCAACAUGGAUGGGAUUCUGCUAAGAUUGAGAAAGAUUAAAAUACAAUAAAUUGCAAAUUACUUCCUCUUUUUAAAAUAAACAAUAGCAUUUAAUGUA